AUGGCGGCUAAGUACGGCCUAAUGCUACAUCAGAUGGACGUCAAGACAGCGUUUCUUAACGGCUCCCUCAACGAAGACAUCUACAUGGACCAGCCGGACGGAUACCUGGAUGCAACACAGCCGGACUAUGUGUGCAAGCUAAAGAGAUCACUCUACGGCUUGAAGCAAUCGCCUCGCAUGUGGAACCAAACAAUCGAUGGGUUCAUGAUCAAGAUGGGAUUCAAGAAGUGCGAAUCGGACCACUGCAUCUACAUCAAGCGAGACGACCAAGACAUGAUUCUCGUGGUGCUCUACGUCGAUGAUCUCAUCCUGGCCAGCAGCAACAACGAACUCCUCAAGUCAACCAAGAUGGCGCUGAGCAAACGCUUCGAAAUGACGGAUCUCGGUGAGCUCGAUUACUUUCUCGGCAUGGAGAUCAAGAACGACCGUAAGACGGGAAUGGUGACUGUACAACAAACCAAGUUUCUCAAGUCCGUGUUAACCAAGUUCGGAAUGGAUAACAGCAAGCCAGUGAAGACGCCUCAAGAUCCCGGCCUGAAGCUAACCAAGAACAUGUGUGAACAAGAAUGCAAGCACGAAGACACCAUGUGCAACGUGCCAUAUCGAAGUGCUGUCGGAGGCAUCAUGUAUCUCAUGGUCGCCACACGUCCGGAUCUAGCUGCUGCAGUGGGAUCAUUAUCCCAGUUCUCGUCCGACCCAUGCCCGACUCACUGGCAAGCUUUGAAGCGUGUGCUGAGAUACCUGCAAGCAACGCCCAAUCAUGGUCUUGAGUUUACACGUGAAGAAGGAAGCCGUAUCUGCGGGUACACCGACGCAGACUGGGCCGGCGGCAUUGAGUCAAGACGAAGUACAAGCAGCUAUGUGUUCAUGAUGAGCGGAGGAUGCAUCAGCUGGAAAAGCCAGAAACAACGGACGGUCGCGCUAUCUUCAACAGAAGCAGAAUACAUGGCGCUUUCCGAAGCAACCAAAGAAGCAGUAUGGCUCAAAGUGCUUUUGGGGGAACUUGGUGAGAUGACAAGCGACGAAGCGAUCAAGAUGUAUGAAGACAACCAAGGAUCAAUCGCUCUCGCCAAAAACCCGGAGUUCCAUAAGAGAACAAAACACAUCGACAUACGCUACCAUUUUGUGCGUGAGAAGGUGGAAUCAGGUGAAGUCGUUUUGGAGUAUUGCCCGACUCAAGAUAUGCUGGCAGACAUGAUGACCAAGCCGAUCGCCGCUGUACAAUUUGAAAACAUUCGCGAUCGACUUGGGAUCCCAGGUGCCGCAGCUAACGAGUCGAGAGGGAGUGUUGAAAAGACAGCGGCUGUGAAGAAGACACCUCGUCAAGCUGCGUCAAGUGUUGAAGCAAGUGGAAGACCAAGCUUCGCUAUACCGGUGGGUACCGGUAUGUACCAGUAA